AAAGCAGUCAUGUAUAUACUCCUGUGUGAAUUUAUUACCAGUCUUCUUUCAUUUUUCAGCCUGGAUGAAUGGAGGUCAACUAACAGGUCGGAAGCUGACUUGGAAAAUAUCCUUAAAAGUUUUGAAGAUUUGCGCAAAACAGCAUAUAUCUGGCCAGACAUCUUGGAAAAGAUUCAGAACAUCCAUCAAAAGUGUGAAGGAGGAAGAUGGCCUGCAAUCUUACUGGACAUUUUUCAUUUUAUGGUGAGAGCUGUCCAGUUGUUCAACACCAGGUUGGGAGAGGCUCGUGCUGCUCCGAACAUGGGAGAAUCUAGCCCGUUGGUGGAUCGUCUGAGCAAGAUGAAAUCAUCUUUAAAAGAUAUCCUGGAAACGAAAACAAUCAUUCAGGAUUUGGUAGUUGUUAACAUUACCGUCGACCUUGUCGGAAAAACUGAUGAAGAGAUAUCGUUGCAAAGAACCGAACACCGGGAAACUGAUAUUUAUUGUCUGACAAAAAGGCCUGUGGGACGUCUGAAGGACUUGUUGAUAAAGAACAGUUUAUCCACAAAUAUUCUUGAUCUAAAUGAUGGAACUGAGGAAAGUCUUGUCAGCGAAGUAGACGGGGAAGUGAAUAUCAUAAUUUCUCAUGACGCCCAAAAAUCAUACAAAUCAUAUCGCGUACAUCUGAAGGAGGGAGACGAGUGGACAAGGCUUUCUGCGACUCUGCAGAAUAAUCGGCUAUGCGUAACUGGUAAGUUACCACCAACAACGAUGGUGUUUUUCACGUCAAUGAAAAACGACACGAAAACAACAUUAAACCCAGAUCAGGAAAAUAUACAUAUCUGCCCUGAAAAUAACGAUGUGGUGUUGGAAUUCUCCAAAGAAACCGUGAAGUCCCCCCAGGAGAUUCAAAUAACGCUCAGAGGAUGCAAAUUCCCACUGUCAGAGAUCGCCGGCUAUUCUGAUAUUGUUUGUAUCCAGCAUGAAGAGAAAUUCUUGAAACCAGUCACUGUAACAAUGCCGAUGACCAUGCUUGGAGAAAACGACAUCGAGCAGUGUGAUUUAUUUUGUGUCCACAUUGGAGAUGACCGACCUACUAUCAACAAAGAUGUGAAGGUAGAGAUAUUGAGCGGAAACGUCUGCCGGUUUGAAACGGUCACAUUCGGCUGGAACGUGUUGCACGCAAGAAAGAAGAUUAAAGAAAUGCUGGGAAGAAAUCCUAAUCUGGGAACAUUUUCAAAACAAUUGCACCUGCUUCAUGACCCAGGUCCUCAUAGGAUUAUACUUUUUAUUUGUAGAAGAUUUGAUGAUGAUACAUGGCAAGUACUCGCUGAAGUUGUUUCCCAAGCACAAAUUGAUCAUACCAUAGAAAAACGACGGAAGGAAAUGGCAUUAUUUGAACUAUGUCAAUAUAGAUCUCCAAGUUUGAUUGUUAGUGGGAUACAACAAAUUGCCAUUCUUGGAGAAAACUGUUCGCUGAGCAGUAGGAAGGGUGCACCGACAGGUGGUGUCGUCAUCAAAGUCAUCCGGGGAGGUGAAGACAACUUUAUCAAAUUUGUAGUCACGUUUACUGGCGAAAAGAAAAUGGGAACUGUUCUCUUUCAAGCAGCAGGAAUAGAAGAGCAUUCGGCUUUCUUUGACCAAGAGGAUAUAGACAAGAUCAACCGUUUCAUCACAUCCCAGAGAAUUGCUUCAUCCGAGUCACUUUCUGCAAAUAGUGAGGCUGCAACCCCAGACACAUCCAUUUCAACGAUGGCAAGGGCACAAUCUGAAACAGAAACAGUACCUGAAAAAUUUUUCGGAGACAAAAGUAUGCAUUACCUUAUAAAGCAGAUCGCACCAGACAAGAUGUUGGAACUGGCCAUCAGUCUAGGAAUAGGGAAUGUAGAGGUCCAGGAUCUCAGGGUGAAACAUAGUGGUACUCCCGAAUUGCUGAGGCUGAACAUCAUCACACGUUGGCUCGGAGGUCAGACAUGUUCGGACCAGGAAAGAGUGGAAACCCUGUGUAAAGCUUUGGAAGAAGGAGACUUGAAAAGGAUUGCCGACAUUGUGGUCUCUGUGUUCAAGAAGAGUCGGCCUUUAGAGAAAACUGACUUUGAGUGACGAGCUCAAAGACAUUGGCAUAAGGUUCAAGCUGUACAAUAUUCAUCAUCCAAUCAUCCACAAAUUCCUUCAGUCAGCUCGACGUAGAAAAAACUGCACACUAGCCCACAUUGUAUGGUUCACUAAAUUAUUUGGCUAUAUAUUAGUAGAAUAAUAUGUUUUAAGUAAUUCGUAUCCUACGGACAUACCUCCAUUAGGAUCCAGUGUUAUAUGGGAUUUU